AGCCCCCGAGGGGCCUGGGGGAGGCGGGACUGGGGUUCGCCCCCAGGCGGAGGUCGGUUGCCCGCAGCGUGGGGGGCCGGGGGGGCUAGUGGGCGUCUAACCCUCGCCGCCUGGUCAGCGGGUCCCCCCCGGGCUGGUUCCCAGGGCCGGGCCCGGAGCCCCCGUCGCACCCCGAGGAGGUUGGGGGCGCGCGGGGCCCCACCGGGGAGGCCCCGGGCUCUGGGGGGGCCGCGGUGGCCCCGCGGAUGCCGUGCCGCCGGAGAUGCUGGCCCCCGCCGAGGAGAGCCCGGCCGGCGGAGGAGACGGGGACGGCGGCUUCGUCCUGCUGCAAGCCCUCCAGAGCAGCAGCGCCCGGAAGCAGGGCUGCGAUCCCUUUGCACAGACCCAGCGCAGCAAGCUGCAGCAUCGCCGUGCACGAAUUAACCAGCAGAUCAACAAGGAGAUGAGGAUGCGAGCGGGGGCGGAGAACCUCUUCAGAGCCACCAGUAACCACAAAGUAAAAGAAACAGUCGCCUUGGAGCUUAGCUAUGUGAACUCCAACCUACAGUUACUGAAGGAGGAGCUGGAAGAGCUGAACAGCUGCAUGGACGUGUACCAGAAUGACAGCGAGUCUAUCAGUGUCCCCAUGAUUCCUUUGGGCCUGAAGGAGACGAAGGAGCUGGACUUGUUGGCACCGCUAAAGGAUCUCAUCAGCGAGCACUAUGGAGAGGACGGUACCUUGUUUGAAAAGGAAAUCAAAGAGUUCAUGGAGUUGCGGCAGGCAAUGCGGACCCCGAGCCGGAAUGAGGCUGGGCUCGAACUCCUCAUGGAGUAUUACAACCAGCUGUACUUCCUUGACAACCGCUUCUUCCCUCCCAGUAAAAACCUGGGUGUCUUCUUUCACUGGUAUGACUCCCUGACAGGGGUCCCUUCGCACCAGCGGGCGCUGGCCUUCGAGAAAGGGAGCGUGCUGUUCAACAUCGGCGCGCUGCACACCCAGAUUGGGGCACGGCAGGACCGGGCCUCCCUGCCGGGAGUCAACCGGGCUAUCGACGCGUUUCAGAAGGCAGCCGGUGCAUUUAACUACUUGAAGGAAAACUUCUCCAAUGCCCCCAGCCUGGAUAUGAGUGCCUCUUCCCUGAACAUGCUGGUGCGGCUGAUGAUCGCGCAGGUGCAGGAGUGCGUCUUUGAGAAGGUGACCUUGCUCCGAGCCCAGAGUGACUUCCUCACACAACUGCAGCUUGCCCACGAAGCAGCCAGGGUUGAAGACGUCUACUCGCUGGUGCACCAAACGAUGACCCAGGCCCACGUGAAGGAUUACGUUCCCUUCUCUUGGACCACCAUGGUUCAUGUCAAGUCAGAGCAUUUCAAGGCCCUCUCCCACUACUUCGCUGCCAUUGCUCUCUGUGACUGCCCUGCGGCAUCCGAUGCUGAGCUCCCAGAGCAUGAGAAAGCUUUUAUCCAGUUUCAUGUCACCAUGCCGGACGGGCCGUCUCUCCGCAUCCUGCUGCAGGAUCCUGAGGAGAGAAGGAAGCUGGGCAAGGCUCACCUGAAGAAAGCCAUCAUGAAGCACGAAGAAGCCAUGAGAAUCCACAGCUUAUGCAAGAUCCUGCGGAAGAUGGAUAUUCUCCAGGAGGUCCUUUCCUUUGCUCACAAACGCUCGCUGAGCAAAUACUCGGAAAUUGACCACGAAGAGGACUUCUUUGAAACCGGAGAUGCCCCGGAUAUUCACCCCAAAACCCAUCAGAAACCUGAGAUAAAAUCACCCAACUUCUCCCAGGUGAAGGUGACCGAUCUCUUCCACAGACUGGGGCCCCUCUCAGUUUUCUCAGCCAAAAAUAAGUGGUACCCUGUGCGAAGAGUCCACCUGGUGAGAGGCGAGAACGGCUUUGGAUUCACGCUUCGAGGAGACUCUCCCGUCCUCAUCGCUGGUGUCAUCCCCGGGGGCUGUGCUGCUGAAGCUGGGCUGAAGGAGGGGGACUACAUCAUCUCAGUGAACGGCAAGGAUUGCAAGUGGUCCAAGCACGCCGAAGUGGUGCAGCUGCUGAAGAGCACUGGGGAAGAGGGAGUGGAGAUCGGUGUGAUAACACUGCAGGGCUCAGAGGGGCAGAAAGUUGCAGACAAGAAGGCAGCGGUCAUGUCUUCGGGAGGUGGGCUGCUGAAGAACAACAAGGAGAACAGCCGGAAAAGUCUAAUGAACAGCAAGAGCGCCAGCACGCUGCUGGUCUGGAAUAAGAAGAGCAAACGGAGCAAGAACAGCACUUACAGUGUCCCCUUCACUGCGGUGGGAGACAACGAGGCCAUGUACUGAGACGGCCACUUGGCUAGGUCAUGUUCUUCAAACUCUGGGCCUGGCUGACGUUGAAUCCUAGCAAUGGCAGACCCUCAGCAGUGCAGGCAGUCUGUUUGGUGUGUGUCAUUGCAGCAAGAUGCUCUUCUCGUUCGGAGGAGGCCUGGCUUCCAAUGCUGGACCCAUCUGGGGACAUGCCGCUGUUUGGAUUCUCUUCAAAGAGAUGAGUGACACACAGCCCCUGUCGCUGCUGAACGUUGGACUCCUCCAUCUCCCAGCUCCUGCAUAAGUGGUCCUCAGCUAAACAGUAUUGGGAAACUGUUUUAUUUUUUUUUCUCUUAAGGGGACGAGGGACCUGUACUUUCGUAUAAAGCAGGGACUGGUUUGUGUCUUCUGCUUAGCGCAAGGAGCAGCCAAACCAAGCCCAGCCUUUAAAGCAAAAGCUGUAACCUUCUUUAGUGUCUCUUAGGCUUUAACUGCAAUGUAGAAGACAACAGCAUUGACGCUGCUCACCAAGAGCUGCUGGUGUAGCCAAGUCACACAGCAGCUACAGCCCAGCAUCUCUGUCAGAAGAAGACCAAGAGGGAGGUGUUUGGAUCUACUGUGAGCAAGCCACUGCGUGGUAUGAGGGUUUUCGACCCCUGGGGCAGCUGUGCAGCCCAGCAGGCUUAGACAGGCUGGCCUGGGGAGUCUGCAGGUUGCAGGGCUUCUCCAUGAAUGCUUUGCAGCUCUUUGGGGGAGAAAUUGGACCUUGUUGUUUUGAAAGUGUCCAACCCGUGAGUACUGAGGUUGUGGAGAAAAGUGCUCAGGUCAAGAAAUGCUCAUGGGAGUCCGAACUGAGUAAAUUUAAGCCAGCUGCUUUAUGAGCCAGUCUCCCAGCACAGUCUCAAUUCACAUGCAUGCAUCUAUCUUGCUGUAGCCAAGGGACUUCUGUCUCGCUAAGUCUGCAGGGCUCGCUGUUAUGUAGAGCAGAGCAGGUGGUUCAAGAUGGCAAAUUUGCCCCCAUGUGAAUAUGAAGGGGUGACAGUUCCUACUGUCCUAGGUGACUUUUCUAAGGAGAAGAACAGCCGUGUGCGUGUGUAUUCAUUCUUUCUAGUUUACACUGACAUGACAAUCUUCAUGUGAUUACAGAGUGAAGGGAGAUGUACCUAAUACUCCGGUACCAGAAAGCUUUAGGGUUUUCGGUAUUGCAAGCCCUGAACCAAUGGAUAAACAAGACCUCGUGCUGGCCAAGCUAUCGGAUCAGAGCUUGCAGCCUGCACUCAGAUUACGUUCGAUUGCCGUUUAUUGGGAGAGGAAUAAACGUGGGGAUAGCUCAGGUACCGAUGACAUUUGGCGACGGUAUUAUGGAGUUCAGUGCGGACACCCAAAGCCCUGGGGGGCCUGAGCACUUAACCAGGCGGUUAGGCAGCAGUGUAGGUUAGCAGUGUCCCAGGUGACUGGGUUAAAGCUUGGAUGGGGUUGGCCACAUCCCCACCAGCAGAGCUGGCAGCAUGUCACACCUCCGUCACUGCAAGUCAUCAGCAGGGAGGCAGAUUUUGGUCUAUGUAUUCCUCUGAGUUUCACAAGUAGCACGUGGUUGGGUAACAUUUUAGUAAAGCUGGUAAGCUAGAACUGAUAUAAACUUGAGCAUAUGCCUGUGCUGUGCUGAACUGGGGCUUGUGAACCUCUUUUUUUAACGGACACACAGGUUUGCCCAGCAAAUACAGCCCGACUGCAUAGCCUGCUUCUCUGGAGGAAAAGGGAAAGACUUGUUAUGUAUUUGUUGUCUUGCUUUUUUAAUCAGUAGAGGUGGAUUGCCCUAAAUAUGUGAGUAGAUUAAUAGCUAAGAGCCUUGUUUCUUUCUUGGUAUGAGAUUAAAAUUCCAGGAAGAUAGCUCCUCCAGAUUAUUAAACUACUAAAUUUGUGCUAGUAUUGGAUCUUGCACACGUUGCUAAUACCCUAACAUUGUGCUGUCAGCAUUCAUAACAGAGCUGGGCUGAUGGAUGCAUGCAUCUUGGUAAUUGUACUGGAAAUGCUGGAAGACUCAGAAUAUACACUAGAUAUAUUGGCAAAAUUUUCUCAAUUCUGUUUCUGCAUUGUGCACUAUUUUUCUGAAGGCUAAGGAGCUGUCUAAUCUUGAGUGCUUGGAUGAUCUUGGUAGGUAUAAAAUACCCUUCAGAGAUUCAAUUGUAUUUUUGUACUUUUUAAGUUGUGACAAAUUUGUAACCAUAGUUUAAUGAAAUUAACUGAACACUCAGGUCCCUUGAGGCUGGCAGUGGGAUAUCUUCACGUUAGCUUCCCUUUGGAUUGUACCUUGAUUUGUUCUAGGUAGCUCGGUGCUCAUGUGCCAACCUUUUGGUCCUGUUUUGAUUUAUGGAAAAUGAAAGGAAGAUUUCUAGUUCUAGGAGGUAUUAUAUCCAAAACGCGUUAGUUACUGACAGACAGUUCAUGCAACGUAUCCUGCCCUGCCGCUCGUAGUUUCCAUAAGGUCCGGGGUGCCCUGUGUUUUGGUGACGAAUCCCCAGGCUCCUGGGCACAAGCUGACCCUCCCCUGGCUGAAGGAAGGGAUUUUCCCCCGUGGAGGAGCUCUUCAUAAUUGUCAUUUUCUGCAGCUUCCACUGCAGUAACUGAGAGCCAGACGUUGUCAGACAGGAUUACAGGUCUGGCUUUCAGCAUGAGGCCAUCUGGUAGCAUCAGAUUUUCUAUGUAAUCUUGCCAGCUGUUUGGCACUGGAGUGGUAAGAAAUGAUGUAGGUUUACAUAUAAGGCAGGCUUGCCAUUAAUGUAUCUUGGUAAAAACGCUGGAGAUCCUAGAUGUGUUGCAUGUGCUGCCAAAACACAGGUCUCUGAGCCAGAGAUUUUUUUGUUUAAAAGUGCACAAGAGCAAGUGGUGUGCCUGUGUGUUGCAUUUCCACCCGCAUCACCAAAUUCCUACAUUUGCGUUGUCAGAGGGGUUGUGCGUUAUGCAAGUUGGAUAUUUUCCUAACACCAGUGGUUUGUUUGGUUUUUUUUUAACUUGUAUGUGGAAUUUCACUGUUUAUGGAUUAAAAAGCACUGAUUUGAAAACA